UGUCUUACCCCCAUACCUCUCCGAAGGCUAUUACCCAAAACUGUGGCAGACAUUUGUUGGUGAAGCCAUGGCGUGCGCACUAACUUCAACGCUCUCAUUAUUCACCAAUCCGAUACCAUCCGAGAGGGCUUUUUCUUCGCGUUCCAUGUUAAAUGCAAGAGCCGUGGCCAAGGAGGUUUACUUCAACCACGAUGGCUCAACUACAAAGAAGCUUAAGGCGGGGGUGGACCUGGUGGCGGACCUGUUGGGGGUGACAUUAGGGCCAAAAGGAAGGAAUGUGGUGUUGGGGAACAAGUACGGACCUCCCAAGAUUGUUAAUGAUGGGGAAACUGUACUUAAACAGAUUGAGUUGGAGGAUCCCGUGGAAAACGUUGGAGUGAAAUUAGUGAGGCAAGCUGGCGCAAAAACAAAUGACCUUGCUGGCGAUGGUUCCACUACAUCCAUAAUUCUGGCUCAGGGUUUAAUUGCUGAGGGUGUGAAGGUCAUUUCAGCUGGCAUGAAUCCUGUUCAAAUUGCUCGUGGGAUUGAGAAAACUGCAAAGGCCCUUGUAUCUGAACUCAAACUGAUGUCCAGAGAGGUUGAAAAUCAUGAGCUUGCAGAUGUUGCUGCUGUUAGUGCGGGGAAUGAUUAUAUUGUGGGAAACAUGAUAUUUGAUGCACUUCAACAAGUGGGAAAGAGUGGCGUGGUUACGAUUGAAAACGGGAGAUGCAUUGAAAAUAAGCUGCAAAUUGUAGAAGGAAUGCAAUUUGACCGUGGAUAUUUGUCUCCUCACUUUGUCACUGAUAGACAAAAGAUGAUAGUGGAGUUUCACAACUGCAAGUUACUUUUGGUCGACAAAAAAGUCACGAAUCCAAAGGAAAUGUUUAAAAUACUGGACAGUGCAGUCAAAGAGCAAUAUCCAAUUUUGAUAAUUGCAGAGGGCAUUGAGCCGGAAGCUUUGGCUCCAGUAAUUAGAAACAAACUCAAGGGUGUGCUGAAGGCAGCCGCUAUUAAGGCUCCAGCUUUCAAUGAACUCAAGAGCCACUGCUUAGAUGACAUUGCUAUCUUGACUGGAGGCACUGUAAUCAGAGAUGAGGAGGGGUUGACACUAGAAAACACAGGCAAGGAGGUAUUGGGCGCAGCGACCAAGGUGGUAAUAAGUAACAAUUCUACGUUAAUAGUUACUGAUGGAAGCACUCAUGCAGCUGUAGAGAAGAGGGUUUUGCAGCUCCGAAGGCUUGUUGAGAAUACUGAAGAAAAAUUUCCAAAGACGGUACUAAAUGAACGAAUAGCAAGGUUAUCUGGGGCAAUUGCCAUUCUUCAGGUAGGAGCGCAAACACAAGUAGAGUUGAAGGAUAAACAACUGAGGAUUGAAGAUGCUUUAAAUGCAACAAAGGCAGCUAUUGAGGAAGGUGUUGUAGUUGGUGGUGGCUGUUGCCUUCUGAGACUAUCUCAAAAGGUUGGUGAAAUCAAAGAACUUUUGGACAAUGACGAGCAGAAGCUUGGAGCCGAGAUAUUUAAAAGAGCUUUGAGCUAUCCUGCAAGACUAAUAGCCAAAAAUGCCGGCGUAAAUGGUGACGUCAUUAUAAAUCAGGUUCUAUCUAAUGAGGAUAUAAGAUAUGGAUAUAAUGCUGCCAAAGGGUGUUAUGAGGAUCUGAUGACAGCAGGGGUAAUGGACCCAACAAAGGUGGUCAGAUGUUGUUUGGAGCAUGCAGCAUCAGUUGCCAAGACUUUUCUGACCUGUGAUGCUGUUGUAGUUGACAUCAAAGAAUUGACACCCAUUCCAAGGAGAAGAGGCAUGCCAAUGUCAAUGCCCAUGCCGAUGUCAACCCCAGGAAUUGGACCCAUUGGCUUAAAUUCUGGUAGACGUUCUGAAGCAAUGCCACUUAAUCUUCAAUGAAACAUGGCUUCCAUCCCUCGUGUAAAAAGUCGAAAGAAAAUUCACUGGACUCAUGACUGUAGCUGGCCAACCAGAAACUCUCGGUUGCAGUUACAAAAUACUCACUUUGAUCAGUCACAGAGUUCUCAGCACUCACGUCUAGUGGCCUAUCGUCUGCAAGAAGCAAGCAUAUACCCAAAUUUUCACCAAGGGGUUUGUCCGCGAACUUAUGCAUUGUAGCAAGAUGAUAUAUAAUCUGCCAUCUUGUGUUAGGAGGCUCCAGCAGAUUAUCAUGUUGAGGGUGUAUGUAGAUGGGAAAAUUUCUCCUCUUUGACCAUGCAUGUACGUAUAUGUAUUAGAUGAGCACUUAUAUUGGUUCAUAUUAUUGUAGAGGAGUUCUCUAAAUUGAUGAAUCUCAUACUAUAUUGAGCUCCAAUGUCUGUCCUACAGAAAUUUG